UUCUGCCUUUCAGUUUCUCUCUUCCAGGAAGGAAAACAUUCGAGAAAGAGAGAGGGAGGGAGGGAGCGAGGGAGCGAGAGAGCGAGCGAGCGAGCGCCGCGGGAGGGCGGGCGCGCCGGCCGCGGGUGGGAGGAGACACGCCAGGCCGGCCUGCUGCGCCCGGGUCGCCGCGCCGCGACCCGCACACCCCACGCCGUGCUCGCCGGCUCCUACGCCCCCGCACCUCGCGCCCAAUCCGCGCGUUGAGAAGAGCCCCCCCUCCCCCUCGGGCGGCCGCCGCCAGCGAUGCUGCAAGAAACUUCUUAAACGACCGCAUCCCGCUGCCCCGCCGAGCGUUUCUGGGUUGGGGAGAGGAAAGGAAAGUGGAAAAAAACUGAGAACUUCCUGAUCCCUUUCGCUGUGAGACAUGUCUGAGACUCCUGCUCAGUCUAGCAUUAAGCCUCGAGGGACUGGUUCAUGCUGUCCUCACGAGGAAGGGCCUCACCCCUGAGUCCACAGCUUCAGAUGGCUGAGAUUACCAGGAAAUAGCCUCAGAGAAGAAUGCUGAGAUAAUAGGAACCUCGUGAUCCAGGAAAGAGUAUAUGCAGAAUUAACACAGCAGGAACGAAUUUCAUACACGCCCCCAGAGAGUCCAGUGGCAAGCCACCGUUCCUCGACUCCGCUUCAUGUUCACACAGUGCCUCGAGCGCUCAGGAUGGAGGAAGACUCGAUCCACCUGCCAACACACCUGCGUUUGCAGCCGAUUUACUGGAGCAGAGAUGACGUAGCCCAGUGGCUCAAGUGGGCAGAAAAUGAGUUUUCUUUAAGGCCCAUUGAGAGCAACAAGUUCGAAAUGAAUGGCAAGGCCCUCCUGCUGCUGACCAAAGAGGAUUUCCGCUACCGAUCUCCUCAUUCAGGCGACGUGCUCUAUGAACUCCUUCAGCAUAUCCUGAAGCAGAGGAAAUCUCGAAUGCUCUUCUCACCAUUCUUCCCCCCUGGGGACUCUAUCCACACCAAGCCAGAGGUCCUCCUGCAUCAGAACCAUGACGAAGAUAACUGUGUCCAGAGGACACCCAGGACGCCCGCGGAGAGCGUGCACCACAACCCUCCCACCAUCGAACUCUUACAUCGCCCUAGGUCACCCAUCACCACAAACCACAGGCCUUCUCCUGACCCCGAACAGCAGCGGCCCCAGCGGUCCCCCCUAGACAACAUGAGCCGCCGCCUCUCGCCAGUGGAGAAAGCCCAGGGGCCCAGGCUACAGCAGGAGAACAACCACCAGGAAACGUACCCCCUGUCAGUGUCUCCUGUCGAGAAUAAUCACUGCCUGCCCUCAAGCCCCUGGCAGGAGAGCACUCGAGUGAUCCAGCUGAUGCCCAGCCCCAUCAUGCACCCUUUGAUCCUGAACCCCCGGCACUCGCACUCGGUGGACUUCAAACAGUCCCGGCACUCCGAGGAUGGGAUGAAUCGGGAAGGGAAGCCCAUCAACCUGUCUCAUCGGGAGGACCUGGCUUACUUGAACCACAUCAUGGUCUCUAUGUCCCCACCGGAAGAGCACGCCAUGCCCAUUGGGAGAAUAGCAGACUGUAGACUGCUUUGGGAUUAUGUCUAUCAGUUGCUGUCUGACAGCCGGUACGAAAACUUCAUCCGAUGGGAGGACAAAGAAUCCAAAAUAUUCCGGAUAGUGGAUCCCAACGGACUGGCUCGACUCUGGGGAAACCAUAAGAACAGAACAAACAUGACCUAUGAGAAAAUGUCCAGAGCCCUGCGCCACUACUACAAACUAAACAUUAUCAGGAAGGAGCCCGGACAAAGGCUUUUGUUCAGGUUCAUGAAAACCCCAGAUGAGAUCAUGAGUGGCCGGACAGACCGUCUAGAACACCUCGAGUCUCAAGUGCUGGAUGAACAAACGUACCAAGAGGAUGAACCUACCAUAGCCUCACCGGUGGGCUGGCCAAGAGGAAACCUGCCCACGGGGACCGCAGGAGGCGUGAUGGAAGCAGGCGAGCUAGGGGUGGCUGUAAAGGAAGAGACCCGGGAAUAGCAGGGACACUUCUCCUGCCGAUCAAGAGGGACCCAGAGCACCUUAGACAAGCCACCGAGCAAUGGCAGGGCUGAAGUUCUGGCGGAGGGCACAAGCCUGAGACUCACACGUCACGUUCGCUUCUCCUUCUGAUCUCUUGUCUGUAACUCUCACCCUCUCCCUUCCCCUACACCUGUUGUAGUCUCAUGGUGUUUCUGGUUUCGUUUUUUGUUUUUGUUUUUUAAGAACAUGCAGUUUGACUAUUCAUUGUUCAUACAGGGAAGACAUCACAUGUUGUUUUCCUAUGGAAAUAUAUCUAUUAUAUAUAUAUUAUUAAUUUUUUUGUUGUUGUUGCAAAUCUCACCAAGUACGGCCAGCUUGGCUGGUCAGGAAAGAGAAAACUUGCAGAAGGAAUCAGGUUCCUCUUUUUCCUGCCACAUAGAUCUGGUGUGUCCUGUCCAAGUCAGGUCUUAGAUGAGAAAGGAAAACAAAAUGAGAGAGAUACUUUCAAACAAUGGAAAAGAAGAGUUCUGUCUCCAUCUCCCUCUCUCGCCGCUCAUCCCCGCCCCUUUCUCCUUCCCCCUUCUCUGCCUGCUAUGCACUUCACAGGCUUUUCAUCAGAGCUAGCCUCACUAGCACCUGAACUACACAGUGACCCGGCUGCUCUGUGACAGUCAGACCCCUUGGGCACCCAUCUGAGGAAGGCCAGACAUCUCCCCCCACCAAAUGCUGCUGUAUUCUAGAAAGAACAAUGGGAGGAUCGAGCAUAAGAUAGGACAGAGGGUGGCCACAGGAUUUGCAAGGCCCAGGCAGUUUGGGAUUGUCCUGAAAGUGCUACACAUUAGGAAAAUAUGAGAGACCACACAGGCCUGGUAGUUUAGGAGCAAGAACAGGUCACCAAUGUUGUCCCAAGACAUCAUGCCCUUGUGGGAUUGUCACCACCCCACACACACACUCCAAGUCCUAGCCUUUUUCUUCUAUGCUGGUCCUCAUGGAACACAGAACACACAUGAGGGAGGAUGCUGGAAUUUAGUCUCAGGCACAGCCGGUAUUUGCGCAGACAGGAAAUUCCUCAGAUUUAGACUUUUUCCUUUUUUCCGUCUGUCAUGGCUGUAUUUCAGGAGGACAUAUCUGUGGCUCUUCUCCACCUCGACAUAAGGUCAGUAGCAUCUUCCAAGAUGAGGGUAAUGCUAUUCCUUAGGAUUUUUGAUAGCAGGGAUUUUAUUUUAUUUAUUUAUUUAUUUUUGGGAUUUUUUUUUUUGAGACAGGGUUUUUCUGUGUAUCCCUGGAAUUCACUCUGUAGACCAGACUAGGACUCAGAGAUCUACCUGCCUCUGCCUCCCAAGCACUGAGAUUAAAGGUGUGCGCCCCCAUGCUUAGCUUUUUUUCCUUUUCUAGCCAUCUAAGUGGACUCUUUGAAGUUCACUGUUUUAAAACCCAGAUAAUGAGGCCUGCCUUUCAAAACCACCCCUUGUCCUUCCUGUGUUCUCCCACAUCAUGGAAUGAGCCUCUCCCAGCCCUCCUGGGUGUGUCUCUGCUUGGUCAGACGCAGGACACAGGUGAGGCUGACAGACCAGAGCUGACCUACAACUACUCCUAAGUGGGGCACAUAGAGGCUAGGAGGACCUGGACAAGUCACUCUCCCGACGUCAGCUCACAGGCGGACUGUGGUUCACAGACACUGGAAUUGAGUUGACUGGGUAUCUUUAGUCUUGCUGUGACUUCCCCGUGCCUCCCCCACAACCCACAAUCUGCCUUCAAAGAGGUCAGUGACCUGGGUGAGGGGUUCCCUCUUAAUAUUCAUGGGGAAUGAUGAGAGUCACGUGCUAUGUGUUUCUUGAAAGCAUGACAGGGGUUCCUUUUUUUGGCCUCUAAAAAUGACUGGUACCUUAUAUCAAAUGGGGAGAUUAAGCCAAAUACUUGUGUUGUAUGAGCCACUGGGAGGAAGAGCAAGUGAGAAAGGGUGUGCUUUUUGUUUUUGUUUUGACUGAGGUCCUUUGUGUGAAUAUAAAAUGAGAAACUACAACACUUCAUACUGGCCACUUUGCCCAUGCGUAGAACUCAGUCCUUUAACUGCCCAAAGAAUUGUCCAUAUGAACUGUGUAAGGAAAUUCCUCUGUUCCCUAAGGAGUCUUGGAUGACAGCUUUGGCCACUUACGUUAGAAAUGCUCAUGGCAGUGCCGUCUUUAUUUCACACCUGGUGUUGCCAUAAUUGAUUUCUUUGAUUCUCUUACCUGCAAAAGCCCUUGUUUGUUUUUUGGAGAGAAAAUAUGGCCAGGGUUGUCUGGGUUGUCAGGGUUGUGCAGUGCUCUCAGGCUUCAGACUCACAGAAUUUAGAUUUAGCCAAUCAGACCUUGGAGGAAACACCACAAUGGGGGUCCUGUUUUGUCUUUUUGGUUUUUGAGUUUUGGUUUUUUGUUUGUUUGUUUUUUUACAAUCAACUAUGAUCUUCUAGAUCGACAUUAAAGCGACAUUAAGUUCAAGAGGUGAUAGAAGGAAUCUAAAAGCUCCUUUAGUGGCCUUUUUCUGCAGCCAUUGUGGGUUGAGUCAGGAAAGGAAUUUGCAGGGAAGCAUUGCCAUGUGGAGGAUGGGCAUUGCCACCUAGGUCCUGGGAUUCUGUCCUGAGUCCUCGGCCGGGCUGUCUUCAGGUCUCCUUCAGCAGAAACCAGGGGCAGCUGGUCAGAUGUUGACAGCAGCUUCUCUUCCGAUAAUUUUCAUCCAAGGCCACUUAGUGCCACUUGGAGACAGGGUCCCUGAUGUCCCAUAUCUGGUUUUGGAAAGAGAAUGGUCCUCAUAAGAAAAGAACAAAACAGGCUUCUUGCCUAGUACAUUCAGGUCCCUCUGAUCCAGCAUCUUUUUACACUAAUACCUUGUCCAGAUAAGAAUGUCACUCCAGCUGACAUCUAGAUGUCUGUGAGGAGUCCCUGGAAUGACCACUCUUGUCUUUUCACACUGUUCGGGAUCCAACCAUAAACACAGUUUGGCCCAUUCACUGUUGUUGGCAGAAGACAACCUGAGAGAGGUCGUGUCACUUUCCGUGGGAGCAGACAGCAUGACACACAGUUGGGAUCAGUAUCUAGCCGGCCUGCACUUAGCAGCAGGAUAAGCGUUCAGAAGGCAGUUAGAAAUUAUUCUGGUUUAAACCCCCAUUUGAUCCAUCCCCGGCAAAGAGACGAAAGAUGCCAAGGGUGGUUUUUACUGCCCAGUCAUUCGGUGCUAGUUAGAGCUGCUGUGCGUUCUCAGCCUGCUCCUCUUCUGAACAGAAACCAAAAUUGGACGUCAUGAGAAACCCAGUGGAGCAGGGGUACAGAGGGACACCCCAGAACCCUGCCUAUCAACAAGGCACACGGGACUCACCCAGCACUCUUUUGGCCCCAUCCGCAUCAACACUAAACAACUUCAAAUGCGCCCGACUCUUUUCACCCUCACAGGUGAACCCUCUUCUGGAGACUUCUCUUUGUGACGGCACCCACCUGCAAGCCAGAUGAAUCUAGAAUGACUUUUUGUUGUUGUUGUUGUUUAGUUUCUAAUCUCUUGUUUAUGAGGUGUGGGGUUUAUAAGGGACUGAAUCAAAUGAAUGUAACAAAAAAAGAAAAAAAAACAAACAAAAAAUGCCUUUUCUCAGGGCCAGUGAGUUGCAAAUAAUUUUUAAAGAAAAACCUAUAAUUACAUCAUCUCAAUAAAUUUUUUAUAAAAAAAAAAAAA